AUGAAAGCCGAUGGCAGUACAAAACUUGUUGAAGUGUUAAGUAAUGUGAACAAGAUCAGUGCUGCAAAACGCACACCCUCCGCUGAAGGCUCUCACCCCUCAGCUGUCAGAAAUCCCAUUGAGAAGGAUUUUCAAAGUCACCAGGCGUCAUCCUCAUGCAAACCUCAAGGUUUUCAAAACAAGGUUGAGGGCAGAAAUUUAAUUCCUCUCGGUGCCAUUAAUCAAGCAGGGUUUCUAUCAUGUGAUAUAGUCCUGCCAUCAGACUUAAGUGAAGGUGAAAUUACAGGUGAGGUGAUCACGCCGUCUGGAAAGACAGCACAGCCCAGCGUGAUUGAUAACAAAGACAGUACCAUCAUUCUAAAGUUUGAUCCUUCAGAAGAAGGUCUUCACCAACUAUUUAUUAAAUCAUCCAGAAAUGAUUUACCAGAACUUCCACUGCAGUAUUAUGCAAAUAGUCUUGCUAAUCGCAGCACUAUGGCCUAUGGACGUGGCCUUGUGUAUGGAAUUGCAAAUGAGACGGCAAUAUUCACCAUCUGUCAGGAAGAUUCUGCCUCGAGUGAGUUGGACAUCACAAUUGAGGGUCCAUCUGAGGCAGAUGUGCGCUGCGUGGACAAUGAAGAUGGCACUUGUACUGUGAGCUACUUCCCAACUGAGCCUGGAGAUUAUGAGAUCCAGAUUCAAACUGAUGAUGUGCCUAUCCGAGGUAGUCCCUUCAAGUCCAGAAUUGCUGCUGGAAAUGUGAGAAGGUCACAGGUAAAACUGGGCAGUGCUGUUGACUUUACCCUGGACAUCACUGAAGAAGAUAUAAGCCAGCUCUCCACCAGCAUCAUGUCACCCGCAGGCGAUAAUGUACCCUGUUUGCUGAAAACACAACCUGACAGCCAUCUUGGUGUAUCAUUCAUCCCCAGAGAGGCUGGUGAGCAUCUGGUCAGCAUCAUGAAGGACGGGGAGCAUGUGAGCAACAGUCCCAUCUCUCUUUCCAUCAGUCAGGCGGAGAUAGGAGAUACGAGCAAGGUGAAGGCCUUCGGCCCUG